CGCAAAAUCGAGUUUUCCCGCCAAAACCGCAAAAACAAGUUUUCCCGCGGAAACCAGCAAAUCGUGUUUUCCCGCCGAAACUACAAAAUCGCGUUUUCCCGCCGAAACCGCAAAAACGAGUUUUCCGCCGAAACCGGCAAAUCGGGUUUUCCCGCCAAAACCGCAAAAUCAAGUUUUUUCCGCCGAAACCGCAAAAUCGAGUUUUCCCGCCAAAACCGUGAAAUUGAGUUUUACGAGUUUUCCAGAAAAACUUAAUUUUACGUUUUCACGGGAAAAUUCGAUUUUGAGGUUUUGGCAAAAAACUCGAUUUUGAUUUUUUGGCGGGAAAACUUGAUUUUGAAGUUUUGACGAAAAAUUCGAUUUUGCGUUUUUGGAGGGAAAACUCGAUUUUGUUGUUUUAGUUGAAAACUCGAUUUUGCGGUUUCGACGGAAAAUUUCGUUAUUUAGUUUUUGGCGAUAAAACUCGACUUUAAGUUUUUUUUUUGGUGAAAAACAUUAUUAAAUAUUGUAUAAUAGUUGUGUGAAUCAAAAUAAAAGGGUUAGAAUUUAAACUCUGGUCCUAUUAGGGCCAACCAUAUUUAAACCCUGUUCAAAAAAUGAGGGUUAGAGUUACAAAUGGGUUUGCAGAGGGUCAGGGCUAACCCUGUUAGGUUGAAACCAUAUUAACAUCCCUACAUGGGAUACAUAUAUGCGUAAAAGUAUGUAUGUGUUGCGUAAUUAAGUAUAUGAUUAUUUAUAUUUUAAUGGACGAUGACGAGAAAGCUAAAAAAAUCUUGUGGAAGGGAAUGUAUCACCCACGAAUGGUGGUGUCAAUCUUGGACAUCACUUGCUAUUGUUUUAUUCGAUUUUUAUAUAAAGUAAAAUUUUAUGUUACUUGGCUUUUUAAUAGGUCAAAAGUCUUAAGAUAAAUUUUCAUUUGAUGAUUUUCGAUAAGAUGUUUUGUAAUUCUCAGCGACACUUAUAUAGAUCUAAUGACUCAGUAGAUAAAUUUGAUAUACGUUGCCUUGGCUACUCUCUUCAAAUGCAGUUUCGGUAAACUCGAUUUAAAUAUAUACAAACUUAGACAUUCUACACAUUCAAUUACUCAGUCCCCUCUCCACCUCACAUUUCAAACUACGCUUGUACUUGAUCCACCACAACACAAGUCAUAUGGUUUUACCUUUUUUUUUUUAAUUAUACAUAGGUAUCCUGGCCCACAGAAGUGAUCCAAACUAGUCACGUGUUGCCACAUGUUGGUUCUCUGUCCCUACCGAUGCCAAAAUGUUAAUUCCCCAGUGGCCGGGAUUCGAACCCAGGUGGCGGUACUCACAGCUGUAAGCCCUUUACCACUAGAGCUAGAAGCCCCGGUUAAAAAAGAUGGUUUCACCUUUUUGCCGGGAACCCAAACAUUGUAAAUAGUCAUUCCCACCGUGAAUUGAACCCGGGUGGCGAUAGUUACAAUUUUAACCCCUUUACCACUAGACUAACUCACAUUGGUAAAUAUGGUUUUACCUUCAUCAACAAUACAUGAAACUUUUAUUUUAAAACUAUAGCAACCCAAGCAUUUGUCAACAUCCCCGCCCAAGCCCCUAGUAUUAGUAAAGAGUAGAGAGUUCUAAUAGCAUUUCCAAUCAUAAUUUUAAACCUCUAGUGUCACUUGCGAACCGAGAGAGACAGUGACAAAUCUUGAUAAUGAUAACCUUAUUAUUCAUUUUUCUAUUGAAUAAUUAGUGAUUUUGUAUACGUAAAAUGAAACCCAUCAAAUACAAAACUGAACGUUUAAACUUUUAAAAUCUCAAAUUCUAGAGAAGACAAAAAUCCAAUACCCAAUAAAAAUAAAAAUAAAAAGACAAUUAAGCAGGGGUGAAUUAGCUGAAUAACAAUAAUGAAGACAAAAAUUAACAAAAUAGUCAUGUAAAGGUCUAGCUAGGUGAGGGACAUGGUCGGUCUUGAGAUAUUGAAGGUCCAAUACAACAUACAAAACCGAGACCCCUAACUAUAUAUAAAAAAAUUUCCUCAUAAAAAAAUCAAUUUAUAAUAAAAAAGUUUACAACAACUUCAAAACUAUUAAAAUUUGAUAUUUUUUUUGUAAAAUAACACUUCAUAAUUUGUUUUCUGAAAAUUAUCUAUCAAACUUUUAUAAUCAAGGUUUUCUGAUCAUAUUUUUCUUAGUUGAUAACAUAGCCAAACCAUUAAAUAUGUUUUGUAAUAUAGUUAAUCGCAAGUAAUAUUUUUACAAUUGCAGUAUUGAGAAGUUUCUUUUGGUUGGAGCAUCUGAAACCGAGAUUGUAAACAUUAGACAAUCUAUAUAUUUUGAUAACUUUUUUUGGUAUUUUGGUCUUGUAACUCGUACUAGGAGGUAGUAGGAAAAGAGCGAACACAAUUGCCUGUAAAAAAAAAGAAUAAUUUAGUCUGAAAGAUAAUUAUUUAUGUUUAUUAGUUAGUUCUUUUUAAUCUAUUCAUAUUAAAUAACAUAAAAAAAAUAUGUACGAUUUAAUUGUGUUUGUAUAUAAAAGAUGUAUCCUCACUUUUUUUUAAUUUGUCUAUACUACACAUUGAUCCAUUUAAGUAACAACAAUAGAAAAAAUAUACCUCAUUUUUUUAUGAAUCAUGGGCCCCAUACGAUUGUUUCACGUGUAUGGGGUCAAGCCCCGGCUUGGUGAGGGAUGUGAUAUUUUGUCACAAAACUAGACGAUAUAUUCCUAUUUCGUGCCCGUAAUGCACAUGCGACACCCAUAACGUAUGAGUUUGUGAUCGUGGGCAUUUUAUUUUACUUAUUUUUUUGUUAAACGGUUUUCAAUUAAUAAAUUAACCGAUUACAGAAAGCUAGAAGCAUCAGUACAAUAACAUUAGAAAAGAAAAGGGAGAAAAAUCAGAGGAAGCUGAUAGAGAACAGAGUCAGGGAAACAGAAAGCAAUUAUCAUGCGGAUCAAACCAGAAAUUAGCCAGAAGAGAACCACGCGAGAAACCUUUUGCAGUCAUCGCUUAUUAGAUCUAGAGAUCAAGCUCCAUUAAUAAAGCAAAGAAGAAGAAGAUGAAAGUUUGUUAUGAUUAAAUUGGUGUUUAAGCAUAAUGUCUCAAGGUCAACUUUUGGAGAGGAAAGGUGCGGGGAUGGUUUGCAAACCAUUGAGGGGUUCAGUGCCUCAUUUUGAUAAUUCCGAGCUUAUCAAAAAAUUGAUUGGCAGAUGUAUGAACCCCAAGAAGCAAGAUGUGAAAGCCUUGAUCAUCAUGCUGCCAAAAAUUUGGAAAAUGGAGGAGAGGAUUGUCGGAGCUGAUCUUGGACUUGGGAGGUUCCAAUUCGAUUUUGAUCCAGAGGAGGAUAUUGAAGAGGUCCUCAGGAUGCAGCCUUAUCACUUUGACUAUUGGAUGAUCUCGCUGGUCCAUUGGCAGCCGGUGAGGGAGAAGAGUAAUGAUGUGCCCCAGUCCAUGGACCAGAUCGAUCAGAACGUUCCAGACGUCCCAGUUGAGGUUCAUCCUACCGAUCAGAUCAGACAGAUUGACCGGGCCGUGUAUCGGCUCGACACGCGAAUGUCCGGAUUGAAGCUUCGUCCAGAUCCUCGACCAGAUGCUCGAACUGAAGCCCGUCUCUCCAGGCCAACUCGACAAGCCAAGACUGAUGGUCAAGUCAGAACCAAUUUAGCUCGAGCCAAUUCCGAUUCAGACCAUGGCUUCUCUCUUUUGGCUCGAUUGGCUCGUACCGCAUGUACCGACGACCGUGCUGAUGAUCUUUCUACCUUGUUCGAUCCGAUCAUGGACUUUUCCUUUGGAUAUUUUUCUAAGGCAAUGAUCCUUAAGUUAUCAGAAGACUUGGGCUUUGUUGGAACGCAACUUGUCCGAUCAGAACGUCCCGCUUAUGUGCUGAUCCUUACCGCUUUGGACUUAGCCGGUUCAGAUGCAUCUGGACAGAAGCCGAACGGUCACUUUGACUAGUUUUCUCUCUUUAUUUCCGUGUAUUGACUAGAUCUUGAUCUAGAUCUACUUUUCUAUUUAAUGCCUAGAUCUACAAAACUCUAUAAGUAUGUAAACUCUUCAUUGGUAAUAAUUAAUCGAUUUUUGCAUAAACCUUUUGAGUUAAACUCUUUGUUCUUUGUCUAGAACUUGUCUUGUUUCUCGGUGAGUCAUAUCCAAGCAAACACCUCUCUAAAUCGUUGGUCUUGUGAGUCAUAUCAAGCAACGGUUCGAGAUUCUUCUUUUGGUGGACUUGUGAGUCAUAUCAAGCACCAUCUGAAGUUGGGAAUAUCGAAGGCCAAUCCGCAUCCUUCGUGAGACCCUUCAAUCCAUAUAGUUCUCCAUCUGGAGUUCAUAUCCAAAUCUGAUCUAUUAGAGUGAGCCGAUCUUAGGGUCCUUCAAGUGGUAUCAGAGCCGCUUGUUUGGUAUCUUCUAAAUCAUUCAUCUUUCUCAUCUUCUAUUUCUAAA